ACAGAGUCUCUUUCGGACCCCUCCGUACAGCAGUUGGUUCGCGAUGGGUUCGAAAUCGCGACGUAGGACCCGGUCCAGGUCCAGAAGUCUGGGUAGAGAACGACGAAACAAGGCUAAAACGAGCAGAUCCCGGUCUCCGGAGGAGAGGAGAGGCCGCAGCAGGUCUCCGGACGCCAGGAGAGCCGCCCGUGGACGGACCAGAUCCAGCAGCCGCGGCGGCGGCAGCAGCAGCAGCGGGGCCUCAAAUCAUGGAUCCCCGGUCCGCCGUCGGCCUCAGCACCGGGGCCGAUCCGGGUCCGGCAGCGGCUCGGAGGACGACAGGCGGCAAAGAGAGCAGCGUCGGAGCAGCAGAUCCCAGGCUCGAUCAUCAAGCCCCGAUUCAGAUAAUUCCAAGAUGAGGAGGAGGAGGAGGAAGGAGAUGGAGAGCCGUAGAUCCUGUGAGAGAAGGAAGGGAAGGUCUCAGUCCGGCUCGGACUCGGGCGGCGGAAGCAGCGACAGAGAGAGGAGGAGAGGGAGACGAAGUCUUGAUCGGGGGAGUCCACCCAGAGGCAGAGAGACAAGGGAGCGGGACAAGGAGCGAGUGAAGAGCAACAGCAGGGACCGGGAACGGAGAAGAGACAGAGGCAGGGAGAGGGAGAGGAAGAGUAAAGACAGGGAGCGAGGGAGGAGCAAGGGGAGCAAAGAGAGGGCUGAUAGGAGCAGAGGGAGGCGGGGCCCCAGCCCGUCUGACUCCUCGGAGAGCUCGGAUUCGGACAACGAGAACCUUGCAGUCAAAGAGAAGGAGGAUAUGAAGAAACAGAGGGAGCUGAUGAAAGCCCUGGAGACGCCAGAGGAGAAGAGAGCCAGAAGGCUGGCGAAGAAGGAGGCAAAGGAGAAGAAGAGGAGAGAGAAGAUGGGCUGGAGCGAAGAAUACAUGGGGUACACCAACGCAGACAACCCGUUUGGCGACAACAACCUGUUGGGCACGUUCAAAUGGCAGAAAGCGCUGGACAAGAAGGGCAUCGGCCAUCUCAGCGAGAAAGAGCUGAAGGAAAGAAACAAAUGCAUUCAGGAGGAGAACCGCAGAGAGCUGCAGAAGGUGAAGCAGCUGCGGCUGGAGCGCGAGCGCGAGAAAGCCAUGAGGGAGACGGAGCUGGAGAUGCUGCAGAGAGAGAAGGAGGCGGAGCACUUCAAGACCUGGGCCGAGCAGGAGGACAACUUCCAUCUGCAGCAGGCCAAACUGAGGUCCAAGAUUAGAAUUCGCGACGGCCGUGCGAAGCCCAUCGACCUGCUGGCGAAGUACAUCAGCGCGGAGGACGACGAUCUGGCCGUGGAGAUGCAUGAGCCGUACACGUUCCUGAAUGGACUGACCGUCACCGACAUGGACGACCUGCUGGAGGACAUAAAGGUGUACAUGGAGCUGGAGCAGGGCAAGAACGUGGACUUCUGGAGAGACAUGACCACCAUCACCGAGGAUGAGAUCAGCAAGCUGAGGAAACUGGAAGCGUCUGGCAAAGGACCCGGGGAUCGACGCGAUGGCAUCAACACGGCGGUCAGCACGGACGUCCAGUCCGUGUUCAAAGGGAAGACCUACAGCCAGCUGCAGGCGCUCCACCUGAACAUCGAGGGGAAGAUCCGGGCCGGCGGCUCCAACCUGGACAUCGGCUACUGGGAGAGUCUGCUGCAGCAGGUUCGGGUCUACUUGGCCAAAGCCAGGUUGAGAGAGCGCCAUCAGGACGUGCUGCGCCAGAAGCUGUUCAAGCUGAAACAGGAGCAGGGAGUGGAGAGCGAGCCUCUGUUCCCCAUCAUCAAAGAGGAACCGAGGAGCGAGGAAGACGACGAUGAUGAUGAAAGAGCACAGAGGCAAGGACGGGAGAGGACCGCAGAGGAGAGCGGCCCGUCCACGUCGUCCUCCCGGAAGAACAAGAGCAGAGAAACGGAGGAGGAUGACGAGGCAGCGGGCCCGUCCACCUCCGCGGCCGGGAGCCAAGAUGAGGCGAGAGGGGAGAAGGACGAAGGCAAGGACGAGGCGGUGGAGGCCGUGCUGACGGAGGAGGACCUGAUCCAGCAGAGCCAGGCGGAGUACGACUCCGGCCGCUACAGUCCCACGCUGCUCACGCAGUCUGAGCUGCCGCUGGACACUCACACCAUCACCCCGGAGGAAGAUGCGCACAGGCUCCAGCUGGCCCGCCGGCAGCUUCAGGUCACAGGUGACGCCAGCGAAAGCGCCGAGGACGCCUUCGUACGGCGAGCCAAAGAAGGCAUGGGCAACGACGAGGCCCAGUUCAGCGUGGAGAUCCCCGUCUCCGGGAAAAUGUACCUGUGGGCCGACAAGUACCGUCCCCGGAAGCCCCGCUUUUUCAACAGGGUCCACACGGGCUUCGAGUGGAACAAGUACAACCAGACGCACUACGACUUCGACAACCCGCCGCCCAAGAUCGUCCAGGGGUACAAGUUCAACAUCUUCUACCCCGACCUGAUCGACAAGCGCUCCACGCCCCAGUACUUCCUGGAGCCCUGUCCCGACAACAAGGACUUUGGGAUUUUGAGGUUCCACGCCGGCCCGCCGUACGAAGACAUCGCCUUUAAGAUCGUGAACAGGGAGUGGGAGUACUCGCACCGACACGGGUUCCGCUGUCAGUUCGCCAACGGCAUCUUCCAGCUCUGGUUCCACUUCAAGAGGUACCGCUACAGGAGAUGAAGGCCAACUCACCGGCAUGGACAAAAAACCUCAGGGACCAGAUUAUGUUCACGGAAACUGGAUGAUUCGGUUCUUUUUACAGUUCAAAGCUGCUCUUACAUAAAAGUAGAGCUUCAGCUACAAACUCGGUCAUGUUGUCUGACAAGUAAAAUGUAAAUGUAGUUUAGUAAAUACACAUUAAAGAUGUUUUUCACCUCUU